AUGCCCUAUUCACAAUCAAACGAUAGCAAUAACACUGUUCACAUGCCGAUUAGGUCAUUCUGUGUUCAUGUUGAUAUAAUGUCUCCAACUGUAUUUUUCACCAAUCUCAACUCCACAUUUGCUUCACUUAGAAAAGAGCUAUCCAGGAAAGGUGUCUAUUUUGCCAUAAGCCAUAACUUAGGGAAUGCAGAUUCAAUCUAUGGUACAUCCCAAUGCAGGCGCUACCUCUCAACAACCCAGUGUCUGUCUUGCUUCGAUGUGGGGGUUUCUAUAUUAACUGCAUGA